AUGGGCUGGCAUCUCCUAGGGGAGCCCCCCAGGAGGGCACGGGCUCGGCAGCGCUCCCACGCCCUGCAGGAGAUGGAGAGGCGCCAUUUUGAUCCCACUGCGAGAGACGUUUCUUUCACAAACGCCCAUGCUUUGGUGGAAAAACAAACCCUGGCGCUGAUGUUCCAGAAAGAUCUCAGGGCUUUUAGGGGUAAAGGCAGACCCCGCGAGUUGCCCAAGUUAGAGAAGAAGACACAGCCCCUCGCUAAGGAGGAGGUGCCCCCGUGGGAGACCUUCGUGGCCCUGUACUACGUUUUGCGGACGCUGCAGGACCAGUACCCCAAGGACAGUGAUUGGUGGAUGCAACAGUUCCACCAGCUCAUGGACCUGUACCAGCUGAAGUCCCCCCGAAUCCAGAGGCUGCUACUAGAGUUGCUGCAGAGAAAGGAGGUUCAACCCCGAGGGAACAUCUACAAAAAGGGUGCCCCAAGUAAGGGCCUGGCACUAGGCGAGCGGGUGUUCUACCGCCUGAUCUGCGGUAGUGCCAGGGGCCCCGGGGGUCACUUUGAAUUCCAGGAUGUCAUACCCCUGCCAGAGAAGAACAAAGUGCAUGCUGUCCAGCCUGUGGUCAUUGCCCACUAUGGCUCCCUAGAACUUGCCUGGAAAAGCCUGCCGCAGAUCAACCCUUACCCCCUCCCCCACCUCCCCCCCAGAAGGCCCCGUAUGCCUGCGGGAAGCCUCUGA